GUCGGAAUCUUAGCCCGAGGAAUCGGCCACGUCGAUUAACGGAGGAGGAAUCGACUCCGAGCGGAGGUGAAGGCGGCGAAAGUUUUGGAGUCGCGCAGAGCGGAGACGGCGUCGAGAGAGCGGCAGCAGCGGCAGGAACCACCGUCACCGCCAUCGUCGUCGUCAUCUCUCUCCUCCCUCUCACCGGGAGACCAUGGACGAGGAUUACGAUGGGUCCGCUCGCCUCUGCCGCAUCGUCAAGGCCAAGGCCGGCUACGGCUUUCACCUGCACUCCGACAAGGUGAGGCUGAGCCAAUUCAUCCACAAGGUGGAGCCGGGCUCGGCCGCCGAGCUGGCCGGCGUGCGUGCCGGCGACCGUAUCCUGGAGGUGAACGGAGUCAACGUGGAGGCCAAGAGCCACCAGGAGGUGGUGAGCAUCAUCAAGGAGAAGCCGGGCGAGACCACGCUGCUCGUCAUCGACCCGGAGGCGGACGAGGCCCUGGCCAGGCGGCGGGCCACCACGGCGGCCGGGAGCCUCGCCGGCGUCGGCGCCGUGCCGGCUCGCGGAGACUCCGAGAAGGAGGGCGGCGACGAGGACAAGGACGACGAGGACGACCACCACGAUCAUCAUCAGCAGCAGCAGCAUCAGCAGCAGGAUCGUGACAGCAGUGGCGACAGCGAUGGAGAGGAGGGCGCCGUGAGGCCGCGUCUGUGCCUGGUGCCGCGCGGCCCCAAGGGCUACGGCUUCCACCUGCACGCCGAGAAGGGCCGCGUGGGGCAGUUCGUGCGCUCCGUCGACGCAGACUCGCCCGCACACGCGGCCGGCAUCCUCGCACACGACCGCAUCGUGCAGGUGAACGGGCAGAGCAUCGCGGGCAAGAAGCACUCGCAGGUGGUGGCCCUGGUGAAGGCCAGGAAGGACGACGUCACGCUGCUGCUGGUCGACCGCGUUGCCGACGACUUCUUCGCCAAGUGCGGAGUCGAGCCGACGCCCAGCCACGUGAAAGGUCGCCUGCCCAAACCUCUGUCCAAACGGAACAUCUGACACCGAGGUGGACAGCAAGAGGGAGAGAGAGGAGCACGAGGAGAAGGAGAAGAGGGAGAUAAAGGAGAGAGAGGAGAGGGAGGAGAGGGAGAGAGAGGAGAGAGAGAAGGAGGAGAGGGAGCAGAGGAAAAAAGAGGAGAGG